GCCUCAAUCAUAUUAUCACAAGUUUUUUUUCUUUGAGGGUGUACCAUGAUUUGGCUUUAGCACAUCAUUCUAUUUGCACCCUUCGGCAAAUGCAUUUAUGGGAUUGAUCAAUCUUCUGUUGGGAAGAAAUGAGAGAAGAUUCAUCAAGAGAAAAGACAGUGAUGCAGGGGAAGCAGGCCGCGCGUUGGAAGAACUCCGAAGCUCCCUCUACAACGAGCUUCGAACAUCCGAAGGCGCCAAGCGACAGCAGCAACGCUUCUGCGGGCCUGCCGUUGCUUUGAGCUUCAAUUUUGUAGUGGCUGUUGGCAUCAUUUUUGGCAAUAAGAUGGUUAUGGGAAGAGUUGGAUUCAAUUAUCCUAUAUUCUUAACUCUCAUUCAUUACACCAUUGCUUGGAUUCUUCUCGCCCUAUUCAGACUGCUUUCGUUGCUCCCGGUGGCGCCUCCUUCCAAGACCACGCCUUUCUCGUCGUUAUUCACUUUAGGAGCCAUCAUGGCUUUCGCCUCCGGGCUUGCAAACACCAGCUUGAAACAUAAUAGCAUCGGGUUCUAUCAGAUGGCGAAGAUCGCUGUCACUCCGACGAUCGUUGUCGCAGAAUUCGUUCUCUUUAGAAAGCUCAUAUCAUUCCACAAGGUUGUUGCUCUGGUCGUUGUCUCGUUCGGCGUGGCAGUUGCAACGGUGACGGACUUGGAAUUUAAUGUCUUUGGCGCCUGCGCCGCAGUCGCGUGGAUAAUCCCGAGCGCCGUCAACAAGAUUCUCUGGUCGACUCUGCAGCAACAGGGCAACUGGACCGCGCUCGCGUUGAUGUGGAGGACUACGCCGGUGACGAUCUUCUUCUUGUUAGCUCUAAUGCCGUGGCUCGACCCUCCCGGCGUGCUGUCCUUCCCGUGGGACGUCAAGAAUGUCACCGCGAUCCUCAUAUCCGCUCUCCUCGGCUUUUUAUUACAAUGGUCCGGAGCGCUCGCACUCGGGGCGACAUCUGCAACGACUCAUGUGGUUUUAGGACAGUUCAAGACAUGCGUGAUUUUGCUAGGAGGGUAUAUGGUUUUCGGGUCGGACCCGGGUUUUGUGAGCAUUUGCGGCGCAAUGGUGGCUCUCGGAGGCAUGUCGGUUUACACGACAUUGAGCAUGAAAGAAUCGGCGAGGGAGAAGAAGGGGACGGGUGGCUUUCCGUUGCCAUCGAUUCAGGCAGUGGCGUCGGUUGGAGACGACGAUCGUGAGUUACUCGGAAAGAAAUCGCCGGUUGCCGACGGCGGCGGCGGCAACGACAACUGCAGCAACAGUGUUGUUACAACAACAUCAGCUGUUUGAUAUGGGCAUACACACACAUGCCUAAAUGGAUUUUGUUGAGUGACAUGCAAUGCAAUUUGUAUAGAAAUUAAACUAAUGAAAGUUCAAUGGAUUGCAUUUUUCCGAUCCUUCAAAGUUUGAAUUUUUGUAUGGGAAUAGUAAAAAAUUAAAUUGAUAUAACUCUUGAUGUUAUAUAAAUAUGUAGUUAAUGUGAUAUUGUAAUUU